AUUUAAUAAUUAUGAAUGCUCUGUUUUAUAUCGACCGGCAUUUGACAGCAGGCGACACAUGCCAUAGAAGUUCAACCUCUGCAUCUGACCUAAUCCCCCAAAUUAUGUAAUUUCUUCAAAUCUGCAAUGCCCAUAUCAAUUCUCUAUAUUUCCAUACUAAAUCCCUAAUUCCCCUUUUGGGUUUCUUCCUCCUUCAACUACAUUGAUCAAUUCACCCAUCAAACACCUCAGAUCCAAUCCAACUAAAAUGGGAAGAGGAGGAGCCCUAAGCGAAAGUGUUUUGAAGAAGAUCAUCCUCUCCUACAGCUACGUCGCCAUAUGGAUCUUCCUCAGCUUCACUGUCAUCGUCUACAACAAAUACAUACUCGAUCGCAAUAUGUACAACUGGCCUUACCCAAUCUCACUCACUAUGAUUCACAUGGGUUUCUGUUCUUCAUUAGCUUACAUUCUCGUCAGUGUACUCAAAGUCGUCGAACCAGUUCAAAUGACCCUCGAUGUGUAUCUCAAAUCCGUCGUCCCAAUCGGUUUCCUUUACUCUCUUAGCUUAUGGCUCUCCAAUUCCGCUUACAUUUACCUUUCUGUUUCGUUUAUCCAAAUGCUCAAAGCCUUAAUGCCUGUCGCCGUUUACUCCAUCGGUGUUUUGUUCAAAAAAGAAGGGUUUAAAGGCCAAACCAUGAGUAACAUGCUUUCGAUCUCUUUUGGGGUUGCGAUUGCUGCUUAUGGUGAAGCCAAGUAUAAUUCAUGGGGUGUUACGUUACAACUUGGUGCUGUUGCGUUCGAAGCUACUCGUUUGGUUUUGAUUCAAAUCCUGUUGACAUCGAAAGGGAUUACGUUUAAUCCGAUAACAUCUCUCUAUUAUGUCGCUCCUUGUUGUUUGGUUUUCUUAUCUGUUCCAUGGAUUAUCGUGGAGCUUCCCAAAUUGAGGGAUACUUCUAGUUUCCACUUUGAUUACUUCAUUUUUGGGACGAAUUCGAUUUGUGCUUUUGCUUUGAAUCUGGCUGUGUUCUUGCUUGUUGGGAAGACAUCUGCGUUAACGAUGAAUGUUGCUGGGGUUGUUAAAGAUUGGUUGCUGAUUGCUUUUUCGUGGUCGGUGAUCAAGGAUACAGUAACUCCGAUCAAUCUGUUUGGUUACUUGAUUGCUUUCAUGGGUGUUGCUUAUUAUAAUCAUGCCAAGUUACAGGCACUUAAGGCUAAAGAAGCAGAGAAGAAGACGACUCAAUUUGAUCUUGAUGAUGAAUCGGGCAAGUUAUUGGACCAAAAAGAUGAAAAAUCAGCAAGAAAGAGCGAUUCUGAUAAAUGAUUCAAAUGGGUUUUUGAUUUUCAUGGCUGAUGAUGUAGGAUUUCUUCAUGUUUAGGUGAAUAUAUAGCAGGAAUCGAUUUUGUUCUUUGGUAUCAGAGGAAAGAAGGAGAGGUUUCUUGAAGAUGGAGGCAUGUGGCAAAUGCUUGAUGACAGAGACAAGUUGUGGUAUAAAGCAUUAAUUUUGUGUGAAACAAAACAUCAAAAACCAUAAUGAUUCACCUUUUAUAUCCAAGUGAGAGAGAUGAUAGAGACGAUGGGCAAGUAGUGGCCAGCUUGACAGGUUCGUCGUUGUGACUUGUGAGUCACUGUCUUGCAGCGAUAUUUAGGGAACAAAGGUGCAAUUUUGGGGUUAGGGUUCCAUCACUUAUGAAGCAGGUGUGCAGUGGAUAUGGAAAAGAAGAGAUGCAGAUCUAUGGUGAAAACGGAAGAGGGAGGAAGGAAGCAGUCAAUAGUAAAAGAGAAACCACAUUCGUAUGAGAGAGAUAGAUAAGUAAGGGACUUGGGUUUAAGAGUGGCAGGGGUGAGCAAAACCGAACCUAAAAACCGACAAAAUCGAAACCGAAAAACCGAAACCGAAGCAUAAACCGACGGUUUAGAUUUAGAUUUUUUAAAAACCGAAAAUUUCGAGUUGGGUUCGUUUUUGGGGUUGGUAAAACACUGAGAAACCGAACCGAAUAUUAAGAAAUAUAUGUAUUUUGUGAAUAUAUGAUUUGCAUGAGUUAAAAAUGCAAAUAUAAGUUUAGUCUAAUGGUUAAGGCGCCAUGUUAUGAUACUAGAGGUCUUUAGUUUGAUUCUUAUUUGCUA